AUGGACGCGUCGCCUCCCACUUCUAUUCCACGUCUCCGCCUCCCGCGUCACACGCUGCUGUACCAGGAUCAGGCUCUCACCCCCAUCGCCGGCCCGUCAACUCAGAACAGCGACUUCCUGCGCGCCGAAGAUGACGACGAAGACGCAGAAUCGACCCCGCGCAUGGGCGCAGCAUCGAUCCCCGACAAGUCAUCUCCGAAAAACACGAUGUCUUCCAUCCCCUCCUCCGACAACCCCACCGCACGGCUGCGCGCUCUCCUCGCUCGCGUCCCCAACUCCCCCGUCAACGGCGCGCCAGUCGCGUCUGCAUCUCGACAUAUGUCGUUCCCCUCUACGUCAGAUAUCGACUCCGACUUUGAGCCUCCUCCAUCCACGAAUGCUUCUAGCGUUGUGCGCGAAAGCUUGAAGGAACUCUUUUCACACGCGCUGCGCGAAGCCGGCAACACGCCACGGAAAACAUCACGACCUCGCCGGAAUAGUAUUGAUGGGAGUGAGGUGGAGUCUAAUACCCCGAAGUUUGAGGAGCGUGCGAGGCAUAAGGCGAGCAGGCAAGUUCUCAGCGAUGAGGAAGCGGACAAGUCAAACUCCAGCACCUACACCGCCAUUAAGUCUACGCCCAUGCGUACUUUCCAAAUUUCCGCUCAGUUCGGAAUGGAGUCAAAUCUCAUGGACCAAGACUCAGAAAUGCAAAACGCGCUCCAUGGAAUGGAUAGUUAUGAGAUCACCCGCCCAUCCUCCCAAACACGAGAGCUCGCAUCGCCACUCAUGGGCCUCUCCUGGCGGCGAGCGGGCGAGCCCGUCACGCCACCUCAGCCGACCAAGUAG